AUGAUUCAACCGGGGACUAACUUGACUACUGCAGUACGGCGCCGGUGCGUGUGCCUGGAUGCAAAGAGAAUGCAUGGAAUGGACAUGGCGGCCGGUGGCAUUGGCGUCGGCGCGACGCUACUCGCGCAAGCGCAUGCCAGUCGGCAGGGGUUCCGCGGCGGUGAUGCUCACGAGAGCGCGUGGUCAGGUAUGCGGGAGAGACAAGCGCAAGGCGUCGUGCUAGCUGGCGUGACGGGCAGCCGCGGUUCAUGA